AGCCCCGGGCGGUCCCGGCCGCGCACCGGUGGUGCCGGGGGCUACGCGGGGGUCGUUCGGCUUCCUCUGUGCCGCCGCGGGAGGAGCGCCGCGCUCUCAGUGCGGGGUGAACGCCGGCUCAGCCCGGUGUCCCUUCCCCACGGAUCUCUCAAAGCAGAUCGCGUCCGACUAUCGGCACAGCUCCGGCUUUGACAGUCGCUGCUGACGGCUGAAGUCAAUACAAAAACGUGCCUCUCCCAACCACCAGCGCUCCCGAGCUCCUCUGAGCAGCUCUACAAACGCGCACCGAAUCAGAGGGGAGAAGUUGGGAAAAGCGGAGGGCGAUCGCACGCGGCGCGGCAGACUCCGCCCGUCCGUACCGAGGCCGCCCCGUCCCCGCGGCACUGCUUGCUUUGUAACGCCGUUAGCAGAGCCGCAAAACGCUCCGAGCCCAAAGCACUGCACAGUGAACGGAGCCGCGAUAAAGAAUGAGGGUUUUGGUUUUCUCCCGUUGUGAGCACACUGCUUAUACCACCACGAAGUACGGUUAUUUACCAUCGGACCCCCCCAGGACCGCGGCGGGAGGGGAUUCCACCGGAGGGUCCUGGGACGGAGGAACCGCAGCCGGGCUCCGAACGGGGCCUACAUCGAAGCGUUCCGCUCCUCCGGAACGUCCCCAAGCGGCGGACAGGGCACGGAACGCAGGCUCCCUCAGAGCCUUACCUCCUCGCGGCGCCUCCCUCCUCGGCCGCCAUGUGGCGCAGUGCGGCCACGGCCUCAGCACCAACGGCUCCGCACGUGACCCCGCGUUUGAAUCCUAUUGGGCGCUCACCCCCCCCCCCCCCCCCCAGGCCCAGCACGUGCCCGAAGCUCUGAAUCCUAUUGGCCGAGACGAGCAAGGGCAGGGCGUGGCGCACUAGGAGCGUUAUAAGGAGGCACGAGGCAGGAACUCGGCCUUUCUGUGGGCGCCGCGCGCGGAGGUGAGUGCUGCUGGCGGUCAGUGCCGCCCGCGGUCGGGGUGGGUUGGCUGGGGCUGGGCGGCGCUGAUGUUUCUAGACGCGUGUUAGACUUCUGAUACGGAUGAAGUAAACCGAUGUCUGAGCGCCCAGGCUGCCGCGCAUCCCUCGGGACGGCUGCAUCGCACCGCUCGUGUAACCUCUCCUUUUCGCUUUGUGUCUUACAGGGGCCGAACGACGAGCGGCGCGGUCAAUAAAGCUGUGUGGUCCC